AGUUGAUCAAUUCGUAUAUAUUUCUUGGCAACCGCGCAGCAGAAUCUAACCUUAUCAGUUCUCGUCCAAGUCCUUCACGAUUCCAGCAGGAGAUCAAAUAUUAAUCAUGUCAUGGUUCUGGGGUUGCCAGACGUGCGGAUUCCCACACACUGUCGAUCUAUUCUGGUCAGCUAUCAGAUCCUCUCCCGGUUGAUCUGCAGGUUGCCAGUACUUCAAAUGGCUUGAAAUACCCAGACAUUCUCAGAUUAACUCAACCACUUUGUCUUUUUCAAUCUAAAAUUUUCACAGACGCUUGUCAAUAUGUUGUCAUUUGUGUCACUGUGUUUCGCACUGGUGGCUGGCGCCAUUGGGGGGGAGCUUCCUAAGAAUGAGGAAGUGGGCGCCAGGCUAUACGACACGGGAUAUAUUCACGAGACUAUCAUGGCAAAGAAACAUGCUACGUGGGAUCGGCAGCGCGCCGCGGGUGUGAUGCAAUCUAACCGGUAUCCUGAGAUAGCUUCUAAAGUCCGAUGUGUCGACGGCACUGCCGUUGUGCCGCCUGGCGGGCAAUUGAAUACAUUCAGAUGCAAGGGUAUUGAUCUUAUCCAUUUUCUCAGCCACGCGGAACUUGGAAGCGCAACUGGCGAAGGCUCAUCUACGUGGGGCUGGACCUCUCCUGGGGGUCGAGAAUUCAUUGCCCUAGGACAAGCCGAUGGGACUGCGUUCCUCGAAAUCAACAAGCAAGGAAAGAUGGUCUAUCUUGGACGUCUCCCUACGAAUUCGGUUCCUGCUAUCUGGCGAGAGAUUCGCGGCUACAGGAAUUAUAUGGUCAUUGGUUCUGAAGCUGUGGGCCACAACAUCCAAUUAUUCGACAUGACCAAGCUUCUCAACGUCGACCCUGCUUCUCCUACAGUCUUCUCGAAUUUGACAGACGUUACCGGCCAUUUCACUGACUUGCCGAUUGGCCGAACACAUAACGUGGUCACCAAUGAAGAGGCUGGCUGGGCCUACUCUGUCGGAGCCGCCCCCCGAAAUUCAACCUGCAAGGCAGGGUUGAUCUUCAUCGAUCUGAAGGAUCCUUCUAACCCGACUUCGCCGGGGUGCAAUGCCGACGAUGGUUAUGUGCACGAUGCGCAAUGCGUGAUCUAUAGGGGACCUGAUUUCAAGUAUUGGGGACGCGAAAUCUGCUAUGGUUAUAAUGAGGACACUCUCACCAUAUAUGAUGUUACGGACAAGUCGAAGUCAACUAUCAUCUCUCGUACUUCAUAUGAGGGUGCGAACUAUACCCACCAAGGUUGGCUGCUCGACCAGAAAUGGCAGAAAUAUCUUGUCCUUGACGAUGAGUACGACGAGUACGAAAAGAUUGAACCAGCCGCCGAUGGCCAUCCGGUGACGUACAUCUGGGAUGUCAGCAACCUCGACAAGCCAAAGAACACUGGCUACUUCAAGAACACCAACGCCCACAGUGUCGACCACAACCAGUAUGUCAUCGAUGGCUUCGCUUUUCAAUCGAACUACGGCUCCGGUUUCCGGGUCCUCGACCUCCGAUCUAUCCCUGAUGACCCGACUGGAGGGGGCGUGGAAGAAGUCGCAUUCUUCGAUAUCUAUCCUGAAGAUGAUUCUACACCCGGUGGUGGUGUUAUUGACUUCGUUGGAACUUGGGGAUCAUAUGCGUAUUUCAAGUCGGGAUAUAUCUUCGUGAAUACCAUUGAGCGCGGCGGGUUCGUGCUUAAGCUACAGAAACCAUUACCUAGGGGCUUCAGCGCAAGGAGGUGAGCGUCCAAGGACCUAGACCAAGACCAAGCGGUUGUUCGCUCUAAGACUAUAGUUAUUUCAUAAUUCACAUAGGUUAGAUAUAUUCGAAGGCCACCAUGGUGACUAGCUACAGC